GGGGGGGGGGGUGGGUAAAAUAACAUGUUCUCUGUCAUUAAUCAGGUUUACAACACCUCGGCCUUAACUACUGUAUAGCUCUACAAUGCUACUUAGCUGCAAAAGUAAAGCAGCAUGUGCACUAACAGAAACUUACAUUCCUUUGACUUGAUCAUUUUUGACUUAUAAUAUAUAAUUAUAUUCUUUAACAUGCCUCACUUUUCAAGUAGAAGUAUUUUUAUUUUCACCAUGAUUAAACUGUUCACUCAUUGUUUGUGAUGGGAAUGGGGUGUCCACAACUGAAGGACUGAUGGCAGCUGCAUCAUUCCCCUGAUCAGUUUUGACCUUCAAGAAAUGUUUUAAAUGGGAAGCCCGCCAAAUUUACAUAUCAAGUAAACAAGUCUGUUUACGCCUAAAAGCCGGGUGCUUUUAGAACAAGAAGACAUUUUGUCUUUAAUGUUUUCAAGUUGUUGUUUUUGUCCAAAUAACUUUGGCUGCAAAUCUUUAAAACCAUUGGGACCCUGAUGCCUAGAUACAAAAAAAUGACACCAGAUUAAUCAGAGCGAGUACCUGAAAAGCUUUACUUUUAACUUUCUAACAAGGCAUUAAAUGUUUGUACUGUGUUACCAUGUAUUGAUAGUCAGAACGCACACAUGCCUGCGGUUGGCGUUGUCUUUGACGUCGUAUACUCUUACUGAACAUUUUGCCUUUGCUGCAGCCUUCCUACGUCGGUUUAUCAGAAUCAUUAUCAACAGUUGGUUGGACAUUCCCAGCACUCUGUUAACAGCAGAGAGGUUGUACAGAAAGCUCAAUGGCCCUGAGCAAAGUGCAAAGUCGACACCCCUUUGCUCCACCAGUAUACUAGGAUCCACUGAUCAUCACGCUCACACAAUCAUAACUGCAGUACAUCAGUUCAAAACAGCUGGAGAAGUGCUAAGUAAAUUAUUGCUGAUCUAUUUUGUCUGUGGAGAGUUGUGUAAGUUUCCUUUUUCCAGGUUGUAUUAACUAUUGCUUCACAUUCAGAUUAUGUAUCUAUUGACUCUUAGAUGUUUAAAUGUGACUUUUAAGAUUAAUUGUGAUAUGUUUAUGGAUAUUUGACUUUACAGUUCAGCAGUAUAUCUAAUGCAUGUUGUUAAAAAUGAAUGUGUAUCUCACUUGUAGCUUUUCUGUAAUGUGGCAUUGAUGACAAAGGGGGCAACUUUCGUGUUCAAAUGGCUUUUUGUCUCAAACGUUUAGAGAUGGAAAAUGAGCUGUUUAUUCAAUGAGUUGAUCAAGAGAAUAGUGAUUAGCAACUGUUUUAAUUGUUGAUUGUCUUGAUUGUUGAUUGCUGCGUUUCUUUUCACAUGUAAUAGUAAACUGAAGAUCUUUGGGUUUCAUCAGAAGAAAGACUUGAAUACAUCACGUUGGGCUCGAGGAAAUUAUAAUCUGCGUUUUUCACUGUUUUCUGACAUUUUAUAGAUCAAAUAAAUAAUCGUCAGAUUAAUCACAAGGGGAAAAUAUUUGUUAUUUGCAACCCUACGAAUAUGCAUCGUCACGCCUGGUGUUAAUCAAACAUUAAGCUUUGAUAUGAUUGUCUUGAUGUCUUAGUGGUGCUAGAGGUCCGCCUACAUGUAACGUCUCUUGUGGCUGUGUUCAUACAGGAGCGUAGACGGGUAGGACCGGAGCAUGUUUGUGACUGUGCUCCUGCUUCUGGUCACUCUGUGUGCCCAGGGAGGAAAUGGCUUGGAAAGAGCAGAGGCCCAGAGAAGCGGCCAUGUUUCAGUGGUCAUAGUGGGAGGCACCGGUGACCUGGCAAAGAAGUACCUGUGGCAGGGCUUCUUCCAGCUGUACGUGAACCAGGUCAGAAGUGGAAACACCUUUUCCUUCUAUGGCGGAGGGCUGUCGCCUGCCGACACGGCCACACCGGUCCUCUUCGAGAUCCUAAAGGCGGUGUCCUGCUCAAAGGAUGUAGCGCCGGAGCGCUGCGCUCUGCUGAAAGAGCAGUUCCUGCGGCUCGCACGGUAUCGGCAGCUGAAGACCUUAGAGGACUACCGGGAUCUGGCCGAGCACAUCGAGCGAGAGCUUCAACAAGAGGGAAUGACAGAGGCGGGCCGGCUAUUCUACCUCUCACUACCAGCCUUUGCAUACGUAGAUGUUGCUGAUAAGAUAAAUAACAGCUGUAGGCCGGCCGGCGGGGCGUGGCUGAGAGUGGUGCUAGAGAAACCCUUCGGACACGGCUUCAGGAGUGCUCAGGUACUUGCGACUCAGCUCGGGAGCUCCUUGAAGGAUGAAGAAAUGUACAGAAUUGACCAUUACCUGGGGAAGCAGGUUGUUGCAAAGAUACUUCCAUUCAGAGUAGAGAACAGGAAGUUUCUGGAUCCCAUCUGGAACAAGCACCACAUCGAGAGGGUGGAGAUCGUAAUAAAAGAGACCCUCGAUGUCAAAGGUCGUAUAUCCUUCUAUGACCAAUACGGGGUGAUCAGAGAUGUGCUACAGAACCACCUGACUGAGGUCAUGACCCUGUUGACGAUGAGGCUUCCCAUGAAUCUGAGCAGCAGUGAAGAAGUCCUCCAAAAGAAGCUGCAGGUCUUCAGUUCCAUACUGCCUUUGAGAAAGAAUCAAGCUGUGGUCGGCCAGUACCAAGCGUACCAAACGACAGUCCAGCAGGAGACGAAUAAGACCAAAGAUCACGUCAGUCUCACGCCGACAUUUGCAGCUGUAUUGGCACACAUCGAUGAGGCCCAGUAUGAAGGUGUGCCAGUUCUGAUGAUCUCAGGGAAGAUGUUAGAUGAACGGGUGGGAUAUGCACGCAUACUUUUCAAGAAUGACAUCUUUUGUCUUCAGAACCCCAGUGGCGUCCACUGCAAGCCCAAACAAAUAGUUUUCUACUUUGGGCAUGGCAGCCUUCAAUAUCCAGCAAUUCUUGUGAGUAAGAAUUUGUUCAGGCCAGUUUCGAUGGACGGUGAUUGGAAGGAAGUGACGGAGCAUACAGAUGUCAAUAUUCUAGGUUUACCUAUUUCAGACUAUUAUGUGCAAACUCCAACGGAGCAGAAGGAAGCCUAUUCACAACUUAUUUCUCACAUUUUUGCUGGACGUAAAAAUAGUUUCAUUAGUGCUGAAAACCUGCUGGCUUCCUGGGCCUUAUGGACACCACUGCUCGACAGCCUGGCCGGCUCUUAUCCCCGCAUUUACCCCGGGGGAGCCGACAAUGGAGACCUGCUGGACAUCCGUGUGAAUGGUAAAGACAUUGGCUACAACAGUGAGGUGGUGAUAAUCAGCCCUGAGCAGAUGGGUGGCGCGUCGGCAAACAGUUUCCAAGUAAUGCAAGGCAAAUUUCGUAGCGCUGACAUGGUGUCGGCCUGGGCCGAGGAGCUGAUGGAGAGGCUAGCUGCGGACAUUCAGGAAGCGGCGGAGGCAGCUGUGCUCGAGGGCGGUGUUUUCCAUCUUGCCAUCUCUGGGGGGUCCACUCCCCUCGCUCUGUUCCACAGGUUGGCCCUGCACCACUUCUCCUUCCCCUGGAGCCACACCCAUGUGUGGAUGGUGGACGAGCGGUGCGUGCCACUGACUGAACUGGAGUCUAACUUCCACGGCCUGCACGACCAUCUCCUCCAACAUGUGAGGAUACCCUAUUUCAACAUCCACCCCAUGCCCGUGCAGCUCAACCAGCGUCUGUGCGUGGAGGAGGACGGAGGAGCGCCGCUGUAUGAGAAGGAGAUCAGCAAGUUGGUUAACGGCUCCAGCUUCCACUUUGUGCUGCUGGGAGUUGGCUAUGACAGCCACACAGCCUCUCUGUUCCCUGGCAGUAAAGUGGAUGAACUCGGGGAGAGUCUGGUCGCCCUCACCGAGAGCCCCGUCAAGCCUCACCAGCGCAUGAGCCUCACUUUCAGCGCCAUUAACCGAGCUCGUGCCGUGGCUCUUUUAGUGAUGGGCAAAGGCAAGCAUGAACUGAUCACCCAGCUGAGCCGCGUGAAGGACAACCCAGACAAGUGGCCUGUCACCGGGGUGAAGCCUGCUGACGGCAGGCUUGUUUGGUACAUAGACUAUGAUGCACUUUUAGGAUAGGAAUUACAAACUG